CUGUCUCUUUAAAUUUACCCAGGAGCCCCUUAAGGAGCCCCAGGGGCCCCUAGUCCGGCUCCCCACCCUGAAGACAAGCAAGAGCCUAAAAUACAUGACUGGAGGCCCAGCCUGUUUUUUUUCGGACACGGAGCAGGACGCUUUUUGACGGCUCGUGUGUGUGUUAUUCGGUAUCCAUGUUGGUGUGAAUUGGUGAAAAGUUAACUUGGCUCCCACACACACGCACGUACAACACACACAUCGUUAGUGCUGCUGUGCGAUGCCAGAUGCGUGUCGCCAACAUGUCCGUGUGCGACUGACAUGUCCCACUCCGCCGAGGAGGACGGCGAGCGGCCCAGGCGUCAAGCCACGACCGGGUCGGUGAUGGAAGACACGGCGCCCGGGGACAGCGAGCCUGUGGACCUCCGCUGUGGCGAGCAGGCUAAGCUGCUCUCAUUAAUAAUAAUCAGCGGGGAGGAGGAACAAGCGACCCACGGACACAGUGACUUGGGAGAGGAGGACACAUUUGUCAAUGGCCACGCUGACGAAGAGUCGGAGGCAGGCACAGUCGACCCUAUCGAAUCUCCAGGCACCAGCUACUGGAGCAUCACAGAGGAUCCAGACCAGCCGCUCCUUCUCUCGCCGACCGCCGGGCCUUCCAGGCGCAAAUCCAGGGUGCAGCGCGCCUCAAGGCCGGGCCUGAGUCGCAUCCCAGGCCGAGAUCAUCGCCGAUACUACCAUGAGUACUGGCGCAGCGAGUACCUGAUGGACUUUGACCCCCAGCGGCACGGGAUGAUCUGCAUGGUGUGCGGCAGCUCGCUGGCCACCCUCAAGCUCAGCACCAUCAAGAGGCACAUCAGGCAGAAGCACCCGGACUCGCUGCUAUGGAGCGCCGCUGACAAGGAGGUGAUCCGCUCAGGGUGGGAGAGCCACUUGAACCUCGGGGGAGGUCAAAAUUCAUAUGGGCCCUCGCCUCAGAGAGAUGACGACUCGCUGGACUCGGGCCAUCAUGCUGCAGAAGCUGCACAAGCUGUAGCUCCCGAGCAGCAGCCACAGCAAGAACUCAGCCUCUCUCCUCAGUCUGAGGCAGGAGAACCUCAGAACGCGGAGGAGAAAGAGGAGCAGGAUGUAGCUGGGCCUUCGACGCGCACACUGGAAUGCUACCUGAAUGCCUCGCUGCACGCCUGGUUCCGCCAGGAGUUCCUGAUGGAGUACGAGGCGGAGCCCGGUAGACUGCUGUGCAUGGUGUGUGGAGCCCAGCUGCCCUCGCUUCACCUGGACCACAUUAAGAGUCACGUGUUGGACACACACCCCGACUCGUUGGUCUUCAGCUCCGAGGAGAAGCACUGCGUCCUGCAGGCCUGGGCUCAGACUCAUGAUGAGUGGGAAAACUCAAUCAAAUCCGAGGCAAACACCAAAGACGACGACUUUGAGCCGAAUCACACAAAGUCUGACUUGUGCCAGGAAGUUGACGGCUCAUUGUCUCAGAGCGCUUGUCUCAUCCGUGAAGAUGGCGGCAUGGAAGCUCAGCAGGUGGGGCCGCAGCCCCUCCGCCAGCCCAGGAGGAGGCGUCUGCGUGGGGGCAACCCCUGGCGACUCCGCCUGGAUUACCUGAUAGCGUACGGGCCGCAGGGCCGCGGCACCUACUGCAUGGUGUGCUCUCAGGUUCUGCACGAGACCAAGGUCAGCAGCUUUAGACAGCACAUCCAGGAAUGUCAUCCCGAGACCACCGGCCUGAGUCGGCAAGAAAGAGAAGCCAUGGCUGCAGCUUGGACCAAAGACUAUUCUACUGACCACACCACGGCACAAGAUGAAAUGAGCUCAAGUGAAGCCCCUGUCCUAAAUACCACAGGAGGCCCGAAUGAGGACAGUUCCCCUGACAUCAAAGGUUCCAGCCAAGCGACGGCGGAGGAUGAUGACGAAAGUGCGGCCAAGGACAAAGCCAAGGACGGCGGCACCACGGCCACGCCCUCUCGCCACAGCCACUACCCGGGGAAGGACCAGCGGCGGAACUACCAGGUGCGCUGGCGCUCAGACUUCCUGAUGGACUACGACUGCCGGAGACACGGGCUCAUCUGCAUGGUGUGCGGCGCCACGUUGGCUACGCUGAAGGUAAGCACCAUCAAGAGGCACAUCCAGCAGGUGCACGCCCACUCGCUGUCUUACAACGCUGAGGACAAGCAGACCGCCAUGCUGAACUAUGACCAGAACUCCAUGCAUUUCGUCCACUCGGAUGACUGUUUCUUCUCCCAGGACCACGCGCGCACCGACAUGGGGCCUUCCCCAGCGCACGUUAGCACAUAGAAUGGAAUUCAACUGGUGACACAGGCUCUCAUGUGCACACACAUUACCACAAGGAGUCCUUUUUGGCAUCACCGCAGACUACAAACAUCAGUGGAGCUCUGCUAUGUUAGGGUGCGUUCACACUCGUAGUCCGGUACUCUGGUCCGGACCAAAACGAUACUUUAGUCACUUUAGUGUGGUCUGGUUUGGAUUUUUGUCAGCGGAGCAAAUAAUGCUCAGUUAUGCAUAUGCAUAAAGUCGUCCUAUUGGACAGCGUAUGGGACGUGUACGUUGUCAGACAACCUCAUGCACCCAAACUGGCAUGACGUCUUCCGAGUCACAUACCUUGGCAGAUUUAUUUGACUUUUACCAUCUGAGACGUCAAAAAGGUUCCCAGAGAUGUGCUGCAAGCAGACGCUGUUUACGAUGACUGCAGGGGGCUGUAAUGAGCAACAAUUCCUCUGUUGAAAAGAGAGAGGUAUGUUUCGCUGCAUAUUCAUUUUAACCUGACUAAAAAUGACAAGUGUGAACGCACCCUUCGACGUCUUGCAGCGUCAUCUAAAGUGACCCCGGCUGUCGACUUGAAUUCUGUUCAGUGAAAAAGCGUAGUUGUAGUAUUGACCCCACCCCCCGCCCCCACCUGUCAUGGAAUCCUCCCAAGGAAGCGAUCUAGGUCUUUGUUAUUUUUAAAUCUCAGGACGUCGGAAGAAGAAAUGAAUCUGAAUCAGCACUUUUGAGCCACAAAUGUAUUAAUCAUCCCUUCUGUACGGCCACCUGAAUGAACAGUUUGAACAUGUAUUGCUUAAGACAAUGAAUUCCAGCAGGACUUUGCAUCUACUUAACACUUUGUUUACAUCAGCACUUGUAAUACCGAGUUAUCUCUGCCGGCCUCCAUCAUCCAACCAUCUUAGCUUAAAGCUGCACAAAACGUGGCGUAAAUGUAAGAAAUCUUACCGUUUCAUUUCCUUUUCUAUGACCACUUUAACACACAUGCCAGAGCAACUCUUGACACUCAAUUUUUAAGUGAGCGUGUGCAACUCAAGUGGACACAGAAAUCAAAGAAAACUCACUUGUUAACCUGGAAAAAAAAAUCUCAGGGAUUUUUGUCUUUGUUCCCAAAGUGGUUCUAGCGAGGUAGAAUAUGUAACACAUAAGACGUUACAGGUGGUCCUCGGUUUAUGAUGUUUUGUGGGCACCCCCAUAAGUUACUUAAAAACUUGGUUUAGACCUAAGCGGUUCGGUUUGUAAAUUGGCUCGAGAACUUAUUACAGAAUACUUACAUAGCUACACUCCGCCACUGCUCUCCCUCAUCAACUUCCCGCCCUUUAUUAUGGCUCCCAAGCAUAUGGCAGAAUCUCCCACUGAAGGAAAGCCACCAUAAUGGAAGUGAAAUCAAGACAGUGAUGAAUUACAUUUGUUUUGAAUUAGUUUUGUUUCAUAUUUUUAUUAUUGUAUUUUACAUGUCCAUGUUUUCUGUGAACAGUGUGAGCGACUUAGGUGUUCAUUUACUUAAUUUUACGUUCAGACUCACGUUUAAAAUUGACGUAGCUGUUGUAGGAGCGGAACUUGUUUUUUAAACCGAGGGCCUCCUUUAUUACAGCUAGUUUGGUCAUAUUUUAGUACUAUCCCCCAGAAAAAAAAAGAAUAGAUUGGUAAAGCACACUUACUGGAAGUGAUGUAACAAACCAUUCAAAUUGUUAAUUUAUUCGUUAAUAUCUGAAAUGAAGUACAGUAGUAAUUUAUUGGGCUUUUUGUCUAUCAUUGAAUGGGACUAUUUGUAUGAGUGCCACUAGUUUGUUAUGUAAACGACACAGGAAUGCUAAAUUGAGUGUAACAAGAAGUUGAGCAGCAAAAGGUUGAGAUUCACACAAAACGUCACCUUUUCAACUCCAUUGGUCUACUUUGGUCGAAUAAUGCAUUUUCGCUUCACUCCAAGAGUUUUAACCCAGCACUUAAACACUACACAUGUGGCAUUUUCAUGUGUUUUUGUGACGUCAACUCACCUGUCAUCUGUAUGUGGCCUGCAUGUGAGAGUCACCUGAAGACUGUUCACCUAUAAACAUUUCUUUUCACAUGAAACAAGUGUGUCAUCAAAGCAUAUGUACGUCUGGAAUUAUUCCCAAAAUAUGACAGUACAAUACAUAAUAUACUCUCAACCCAACUAUGAUUAAGACAAUAAUAAAACAAUUGUGGUG